AUGAGUAGGAUUGAUGGCACCAUGUCUGAUCACGAAGCCGUCCCGUCCAUUGAUUCUGGCGUGCGUGUCGGCGAGGGUGAUGGCACUGUCCCGCUCUUGUCUCUGGGCUCUAUGUGCGCGCGCGGCUGGAAGAUGGACCGAUACAAUCCCGCUCGCAUGAGGGUUGUAACCCACGAAGUGAAGCACGAUCCCGAUGCUUUUGACCUGCGCGGUGGCGACUCAAGUGGCGAUCACAUUGACAUUCUUGGUUCACAUGACUUAAACGAGGCUGUUGUGAAGAUUGCCACAGGUUUAGGCGACUCGGUUCCAGAGCGGAUCUUUUCACCGAUUCAAUCGUACGCUGACAAGAUCCAGUGGUGA